GCUAAUGUAGAAUAACACAACAUUUUCACGAAAAAUACGGCAUCCCUACAUUUUCUGCUUUUAAAAACAUCGGAUAUAGGUUACCCCUAGGAUAAACGUGAACUGGCGUUAUUCAUCAAUCGAGUCCCCGAAUCUACGCGUCGAAAUUUAGCACCCCUCUCACGCUGUGAUUACAUUGUCUAGCAGUCCAAUAUCAAGUCUAAUCCAAUCAUCGGUCUUGUCCAAUGAAGCGGAAUCAGAUAUUCCAAUGUAAAAGCUAAUGCAUUGGUGGCCCUGAAUGUGUGUGUGUGUGCAUACAUGAACGCGCUCAGAGUCACUCGGGAAAAAAAACUGCCAUAUGAAAGUAAAAUCAGGGCUUUAGAUAUCGAACCCCCUGCUGUCUGUCUGUGAGUCAUACGGUUAUCGAGGAAGGGAAAACCAUCGGUUCAGCAGCCCGGGCUAGCACUGUAGUGGAGAUUGUGCAUCGCAGAGGCCAGAGGAAUUGGGAGUUUGAGAGAUCUCUGUUAGAAACAAGAAGCGAGAGCAUUGACGAUGGCCGCCAUGUACGCUCUAUCCGUGCUGGGAUUCUUUUGUUUGUGCGGCGUUAUUCCAGUUUACGGCGGUCAACAGUCCAGUCAAGUGGGGAUCAGUGCGCCUCUGACGACACAGUCUGCCCCUAGCCAGAACGGACCCCCUCCGGAGGUCGUCCCCACCCCAGGGGAAGGAUUACCGCCUGUUGGGAACAGCCAAACUGUCACGACGGGGCAAAGCUCGAGUGUUGGAACGGCAGGUGGACAGGGUUCCAACACAAAGCAGGGUUCUGCUGUAGCCAAUAGUGGUGCCACGCCAGGAGCGUCCUCUGGCGAUCGGGACACGUAUCCCACCAGCCUGCCGACCGCCGUCAUCAAGACCGCUUCCCCGGCCGCCCCAGCCGCCCCUGCCGCCGACGACAAGGCAUCACAGAACGGACAAGCAACCAACCAACAGACCAGCCAGCAGGGGAACGGUGGAGACAGUUGUAGUAUUGACAUAUUACUCCUUUUGGGGGCUCUGAGCGCAACUGUGCUGAAAAUACGAUUAGCGUGGUAACAUGGAUGCACUAUCAGCACCAAGGACAGACGCCACCUUGCGAUUUUAGGAAAAACUGUCAAACUACUAUCCCUUGUUAGGAAAGUACAUUGUACCGUUCGUUGUUUUCAUUAGGAGACGAGAUCAGUAGUAAAUAUUGUUGCAUAUUCAGCUAUACAUUUGUUGCAAUCCAAAUAAUGGAACGUCUAACAUUGACAGUUUCAUUAAACCGUUUGAUACGGUUGUUACAUGUACCUUACGUACUUCGUUGGAUGGGUCGUCAGCACCAGGGACGGGCGCCAUCUUGCGAUGUUGGAGCAAACUGCCAAACUAGUUAGCAACCCUCAGUAGAUAGCUAUUAGGGUACGUCUAGCAAUAGUCAAGCAUGUGCACCGCUACAUGUUGCCAUAUAUUGAGAUAUAGCGUACUUACACCGUUUGUCAAUGUAUGUAGGGGUAGUCAAAUGAUGUUAGCAUGAUUAGCAACGGGGCUUGGACACAAGCUAAUAGAUGAAUAGUCCUCGAACAGGGAAAGAACGAUUUUAGAACACGUUAUAUACGCAUGUUUUGUAAACUGACUGUUUCACCGUGAAACUGUGGAAACUAACUAGACCUUUCUCCACCCAUUGCUUUACGUCCUGUAGUUUAGUAUGUAUGAUCGAUGUGCUCGCUCGCAGGAAUUGUUGAUGAUUGAUCGUAUACACAAUGCCCUUUACGGGCAAAACAAAAAUAGAAAGCGUUGUGUAAGAGUAAAAGUACAUAUAUGUUAGUAAACGGCAUUAUUGUGGAUAUGGAACUAAACAUACCAACCUAUGUGGGAGGUUUUGAAGAUAACCAUUUGCAUUUAUAUUCUAUUGCUGUUUCCAAUUGAAACACUACCAAACGAAUAAGUCGAUAGUAUGAUGUGAUAUAAGCAUGCAUGUUCCCUCUAAACAUCGAUUAUUGCUGUCAAUUUGUCAUGCCCUUUGAACAGUGAACAGUUUCAGCCAUAUGUUUAUCUUUUUUCAUGCGUUAUCUUGGGCAUGCACACUGUACUUCGCAAGACAAUGAUAUUAAUUUCAACUAUAAUACAACGAUAAUUUAACUGUAGAAAAACAGGCCGGAUGAUUAUUAUUGACUUAAAUAGUAUUUUAGAGAUCUCUUCGAGAUUUGUGGAAACAGGUCGACAGAGGAAGUUGCGAUCGAAAUAUGACAUUCUGUUUGUAAUAGACAGUUGAUUCUUAAGGGGGCGUAGGGGUACCAUGAACUGGAUGUAAUACGCCAUUCUUGUGGUUGAUUAGGGCUAAUUCAGAAAAAAGAAACAGUUUUGACAAUGUUUCUACUUGAAGUUUUAGAACAAAGCGUAAGAGUGACGUUUGUAUUUCCAGUGUGUUGUUGUUGUUGGCUCUUUAACAGGCAAGUGUUCGCCAAGCAAUGUCGGUUUCCAUGUUUGCCCAAUGCACGAUAGAGGCAAAUGCCUUCUUUUCUUGAACCACGAUCACAAAAGGGCAUGUAGGGAUAUACUAGUUAUACUUGUACUUCGGUGUGUUUGUUGCUGAUACGUUGCCAAUGUCAUUAAAUUCCAGCCAGGCUGAAGACCCGAA